CCUCCCUCCCCUCUCCCUCCCUUUCUCUCUCCUCUCUUCCUCUCUCUGUCUCAGCAGAGUAAGGCUCAGUGUGAAAAUGCCAUCGUGCUCUCCUGACUGUUGCCUCUUUCAGGCUGUAGAGAUCAUCAAGGUGUACAGUGAAGAUGGCGCAGGGAAGGUGGUGGAGGUGCCAGCUGAUAUGAGGGCCAGAGACGUGUGUCAGUUCCUGGUCUAUAAGAGCCACUGUCUAGACGACAACAGCUGGAGCCUAGUGGAACAUCACCCACUACUGGGCCUCGAGCGUUGUCUGGAGGACCAUGAGUUGGUGGUUCAGGUUCAAGCCUCUAUGACCAGUGACAGUAAAUUCCUAUUCAGGAAGAACUAUGACAAGUAUGAGUUCUUCAGGAAUCCCUUGAACUUCUUCCCGGAGCAGAUGGUGGCGUGGUGUCAGGAAUCUAACGGCUCCAUCCCCCACUCACAGCUCUUACAGAACUUCCUAAACUCCAGCAGCUGUCCGGAGGUGCAGGGGUUCCUCUAUCUGAAGGCAUCAGGGAGGAAGUCCUGGAAGAGACUCUCCAUGUUCCUCAGACGCUCUGGACUCUACUACUCCACUAAAGGAUCCUCCAAGGAGCCGAGACACCUCCAGUUGUUGUCAGACCUGGAGGACAGUAGUGUGUUCACAGUGACAACAGGGAGGAAGCUGCACAAUGCCCCCACAGACUACAAGUUCUGUAUCAAGCCCAGUAAGGUGAGGAGUGAGUGCAAGGAGCUGAGGAUGCUGUGUGCCGAAGAUGAACAGAGCAGAACCUGCUGGAUGACUGCCUUCAGACUCUUAAAGUAUGGAAUUUUACUGGAUCAGAACUACAAGAGUCCCCAGCAAAGGAAGUUUCCGGUCUCACAUUUCACUACUCCUGUGCGGAGUGUGUCUGAGAACUCUCUGGUGGCCAUGGACUUCUCUGGCAGGACGGGACGCGUCAUAGAGAACCCUCUGGAAGCAGUGAGCGCCGCUGUGGAGGAGGGACAGAAAUGGAGGAAACGGGGUCAGCGUAUGAAGGCUCUUGGCAGCCCCAGCCCCCUCCAGCCCUCUUCUCUCAGCUCAGUGAUCCACAGAACACAGCUAUGGUUCCAUGGUCGCAUCAGGAGAGAAGAGUCCCACAAGAUGAUCAUGCAACAAGGACAAGUAGACGGGUUGUUCCUGCUGAGAGACUGUCAGAGUAACCCCAAGGCGUUUGUCCUAACCCUGUGCCACCACCAGAAGAUCCGACACUUCCAGAUCCUACCGUGUGAGGAGGAAGGUCAGAUGUCCUUCAGUCUGGACGACGGCUCCACCAAGUUCACAGACCUGAUCCACCUGGUGGAGUUCUACCAGCUCAACAGAGGGGUGCUGCCCUGCAAACUCAAACACCCCUGCACUGCUGUGGCCUUGUGACCCUUCACCCUGACCUCUGACCCCUGAACCAUGAUCUCUGGCCCCUGGUCUCACUACACCACCCUCUGCAGUUAAAUUCUCUACCCCUCGUUCACUCGUUCGUCAUGGAUUUAAAAGGAAGGAAGGAAGGAAGGAAGGAAGGAAGGAAGGAAGGAAGGAAGGAAGGAAGGAAGGAAGGAAGGAAGGAAGGAAGGAAGGAAGGAAGGAAGGAAGGAAGGAAGGAAGGAAGGAAGGAAGGAAGCUGAUGGCAUAUGCUUAGUUACACCAAUCCAAAGCUUUUAAAAAUGAGCAGGUCCACACUUAGGAGAAAGGGGUGGGGUAUUCAAACCUUGCCACACACAAGAACGGACAGACAAACAGACGUGGUGAACUAUAGUGUUCUAUGGAUAUUUAUGGAUCCAACCAAGCCCGUUUCCUUCUCCUUCAUCCACCUCAGAUAGACAGACAGACAGACAGACAGACAGACAGACAGACAGACAGACAGACAGACAGACAGACAGACAGACAGACAGACAGACAGACAGACAGACAGACAGACAGACAGACAGACAGACAGGGGGCUGGGCUCCCCUCACUUCCUUAAUGAUCAUCAGGGAUCGACAUGGAUCAAAUCGAUCACAACAAUCGACGAUGUCUCAAAUCAAUAUGUGCAGUACAGUCUUUAUAAGCUGAUCACCUGACGCUUCAUGCUACCUGGGGAGCUGAUGUUGCCUGGGAGGCAUCCUACUCUUCCUCUGCUAUACUUACUGAACCAACCAUCUAACUAACUCACCCAGACUUUAUACAGGGCCCUAGGAGGAGAAAAAGAAAACUCCAAAAAGAAAACUCCUUUCAAACAAACAUCUUGGCUGUUUGUUUGAAAGGGCAGAUGAAUGUUUGAGUUAGGGACUUCCCUGUCAGAACUGAUGACAUUGUAUUACUGUUGUAGAACUAUUUGCACUUCUGAACAGACAGCCGACAGUUCUCUUCCUAGCUGGAUGAAGCUGAAUGCUCCUUCUCAACCUCCUCUUCCUUCUUUUUUUCUUCUCCUCUUGUCCUUCUCUUUCUACUCCUACUCCUCUUUUCUGCGUGAAAAAUCCCAGCCUACUGAUUGGAUUAGCGUUGCGUUGGACAGGACUGAGAGGCAUGGCUGAGCGUGCCGUUGCCAUGCUAUUGGGAAAGGUGACCCCUAGGCGGCUCCGCUCCAGAAAUCCUCUCCAACCUUUUCAUUCCUACUCCGUUCGGCUCCAUCUGAUCCCAUCAGAACAUUUAGAAAACCAUUACAAUUUCCUGGAAUCAGACGGAAAGUUCAGAGUGUUGAUAACGGGACAGAGGGAAGAGGAGGAGAAGUCUCACAUAGGUCCCCGGAAAACCUGCCCCCUGCACUGUCACUUGAGACUGUCAAUAGUUAAAACUGGAGUCUUUCAGGCUAUGUUCCAAUGUCCACACUAAUAUUGCACUUAGAACGUAUGUCCAAGACAUUGUUACACUCUUAGUAGUGUGCAAGUACUGUAUGUGGGUAUUGGAACAGAACCUCAUCACAGCCAGACUGUAUUUUAUUAAUGUCAAUCAGUGUUCUCCAAGUCAGUUGUACGCUUCUCACUGCACAGUCAGCAUGAUGUUGUGUUUAAAUACUAUUUGAAAUCAUUUCAAAUAUACUAUAUGUGCUUGAUUGGGCUUGCCUUGCUUAAUAGACCAAUAGAACUGUCUCAAAACUGCAAACCCUGCCCCAUCUGGCUAGAGCAAACACCCAAAGCAUUUGAAAGAUUUCAAAUAGUACUUUUAACACAGGUCAGACCAAUAGGUGUGAGAGGGCAUUCAUUCUCAGAACACAGGAAACCAUUUUAAACCACCCCCAACAUGUAUUGUAUUUAUCUUGAUUAAAAUAAUGACUUGAAAUGUAGGAUUGGUGGGCAGUGCAGCAGCCACAGUCUCCUCACCUUAAAGUGGGCAUUGUGAGCUGUGUGUGUGUAUGAAAUCAUGCUAUUAUAAUUCACAUAAUCCAUUUCAGAUAGAUGUUCCAAACCCUGGAAACAAGGGUCCAGUAAGAAGGUUUCUGUGAGUAUUGGGACCCGUCCUGUCCCGUUCUGUCUUAUCCUGUCCAGUCCCAUCCCGGCCCAGACCGUCCAGUCCUGUCCUUCUCAGUUGCCCUAGCGUGAGACAGCAGAGAUGUUGGCCUAGCAAAAAAUCAUCAAGGAAGAAUGGGAGAAAAUCCCCAAAUCCAGAUCUGCAUAGCUGAUGUAGACAUACUCAAGACCACUCAAAGCUGUAAUCUCUGCCAAUGGUGCUUCUACAAGUAUUCACACCCUUGAGUCAAUAUUUUAUGUAAAUCAGAUAAUUCUGUAUUUCAUUUUAAAUUAUCAACAAAUUAUAAAAACAUGUUUUCACUUUGUAAUUAUGGGGUAUUGUGUGUAGAUGGGUGAGAAAAAUUAUAUAUUUAAUCCAUUUUGAAUUCAGGCUGUAAUACAACAAUAUGUAGAAAUAAUCAAGGGGUGUGAAUACUUUCUGAAGGCACUGUAUACAGUAGGUCUCUCGCUCUCUUGCUUUCUGAAUCUUAAUCACUGUGUUAUAAUGCAAUCCUUCACAGAAGGCCAAUCAUAUGUGUAUAAUAUAAAGACAGUAUUGAAUAUCUAUUAGACAGAAUGUGAAACUAUGGACAAGAUGUAGAUCUAACACUGUAUCUAGGUAACAGGGCACUAUGGGUGCUUUCCAAAUGGCAUGCUAUUUCCUAUAUAGUGCACAAUAAAGGGAAUAGGGUGCCAUUUGGGACACUACCUAUGUAUUGGGCUUUAUGCAUUUGCUCAUCACUCUCAAAUUAAGAUUAAGAUUUAUUUGGUCCUUUUUUCAUUAUUUGAUUUAUUGUGUAUAUUGACUCAAUUGUAUAUUUUUCUUAUUUUCAUCACAAAAUUACCUUUUAUAUAUACAAAUAAUAAUAUACCAGAACAUUUACAGUAUUAAAUUAAGCUAUCAAACGUUUGGCAUGCAUUGAAUUCUAGUAUGUAUAAGCUGACUGGCUCAGAGAAUGUUGAAACUAUCUACGGACAUUAGAUGUUGUCAAAGUCAGCAAUGGACCUUUAAAGGCAAUUUCCCAACGUUCACAGAGAUCGCAUUCACGGUAAAUGCUGUGGAUGUUGGCACAAGGUGAAUUACCUUUAAAAGUAAAGUGCAGGCCUUUGAUUGAAUCCCGGCCAUUCAGCCUUCUUUACACUCAAUGGUGAGAACAUAUUGCUUACACUUACCUAUCCAGUUUUUCUGAUCUAUGUCUGCGACAGAAAAGGGCAUAAGAAAUUGUCAAGGGCUAGGGAUUAGACACUGAAACAGAACCAGCUAGGUAUGUCUCUCUCAUAGGAUUUAUCAAAUAAAAAAUGAAAACAUU